GUGAAGAUCUCAUCCUAUUUUCUCUGCGUUGUUUUUUCAAACUUUCAUCUUACGACCUCGUCCUCUCUUAGAAGCGAGCGAUCAGCCUCAAAGCUCAAAAAUGUCUGAUUCUUCCCCAAACCACGACUCUCCACCUCCUCCGUCGAUCACCGGCGGCGUCUCAGAACCCACCGUGGCAAACGAAUCGGACACCAAUGCGAAAUGUCAAACAGCGUUACAGUCCUUAUCCUCAAUCGUAACAACCGCGACCAUCCCUCCCACAAUCUCCCUCCUCCUCGAAGACAACGCCGUCUCCGCCGCGAUCUCCUCUCUCCUCCAACUCCCCGACUCAGGCGCCGGAGACAACAACCUCUGCCGCUGGCUCUACGAUACCUUCCAGUCCGCGGAGCCUCCCCUCCAGCUCCUCGUCCUCCGCUUCGUCCCCUUAAUCGCGGGACUCUAUCUCUCCCGCGUCCCUCUCCGGCAGCCUCAGGCCGGAUUCGAAGCCGUGCUGCUCGCUCUCUACGCGCACGAGACCACCUCGCGCGCGGGCCAGGCCGUAACCGUGAACAUCCCCGAUCUCUCUCACCCUAGUAUCUACCACGAGUCGAAAGGUCCAGCUAAAAACAACUCCACGUGUCUAAACAUAGCCGUUAUCUCCUCGACGCUUGAUCCGCACGGUACCGUGAGAUCCACGCGACGCGCGAGGAUCGUUGGAGUGGCCUUGGAGCUUUACUAUGGUAAGAUCUCGAGUAUGCCGCGCGAGUCCAAGCUUAACUUCUGCGAAUCGUGCGAGAAAUGGGCGGGGCAGAACGGAGAGAGGGAGGAGCAGAAGCCACGAGCUUUGAUCCCUGAGGAAGAGAGUGUUGCCGUGGGAGGAAGGUCUGAGAAAGACAGCGGGCGGAUUCCGUUGCCGUGGGAGCUUGUGCAGCCGAUUCUGAGGAUCUUGGGGCACUGCUGCUUGAUGGGGAUGAAAGGGGAAGAAGAUAGGGAAGUGUCGGAGGCGGCGAGUAAGGCUUGUCAGAGUUUGUAUCUUAGGUCACUGCAUGAUAUUAACCCUAAGGCGAUACUGGCUACUGGGAGUCUUCUCCGGCUCAGGGAGAUGGCUCUUGAUCCCAAGAACCAGAUUGAUCACACUGAGAUAUCAAGCGACAACGUUUUGUCUGUCUGAGCACUUCAGUAGUGCUGUUCUGUUUUUCA